AUGGCUGCUGUUCAAACAGAGGUUUCCCUGUGCCCAGCUUGGCAGAGGCCCUUGUAUAUCUAUGGGGGGCUGGUAUGCAACCCACUGAUGGCUGACCACUGGUCGGACAGGUCCCCUCUCCACGAGGCUGCCUACCAGGGCAGACUGCUCCACCUCAGAAGCCUCAUCGCUCAGGGCUUCCACUUGGACACACUCACCAUGGACAGAGUCUCUCCCCUGCAUGAAGCUUGUCUCGGUGGACAUCAUGCAUGUGCCAAGUUCCUGUUGGACAACGGUGCAAAUGUGAACACAGUGUCAAUAGAUGGGGCCACACCUCUCUUCAACUCCUGCAGCAGUGGGAGUUCUGCCUGUGUCAAGCUCAUUUUGCAGCAUAGUGCCCUCGUCAGCCCCCCCUGUCAGCUGGCAUCGCCAAUACACGAGGCCGCAGAGAGAGGCCACAGAGAGUGUCUGGAGCUGCUGCUGAGCUACGGAGCUCAUGUUGACGUGGAGCUGCCAGUGGUGGGGACUCCGCUGUAUGCUGCCUGCACGGCCGGGGCCGCUGUCUCCGUGGAGCUGCUGCUUCGCACAGGAGCAGACGUUCAAAUAGGGUGUGGACAGGACAGUCCUCUACACGCUGCAGUUCGAUUUGGAGGAGCCGACGUCGUGAACCUUCUGCUGGACUUCGGAGCUGACUUGUGUUGUAGGAACGCAGAGGGAAAAACUCCUCUGGACCUGUUGGCACCAAACAGCCCACUGAGAACCAGACUACAGACAAGAGGUCCUUACGCUCUGUCUGAGCUGAGUCGGUUCUGUAUUCGCAGACGUCUGGGAAGGAAUCGUCUGCACAGAGUGUCCAGCCUGUGCAUUCCUCACAGUAUCCAGGACUUCCUCCUCUACCGAUGAACCAUCUCCAGCUUGCUUGUGCUGCUCACAUUGAUCCAGGCCCCUACACUGACCUAUAAGGCAGAACACACGAGUGGGCAAAGACAGUCACAUUUACAGACUUAUAGCUUUCCCAGGCGGCAGGUUGAUGCAGUGGUUAGCCCUGUCCACUAAAAGCAAGAAGGUCCUUGCGGUGAAUCCUGGCUCGGCCGGAUUCUUGUGUGGAGUUUGCAUGUUCUCUCUACAUCUGUGGGAGUUAAUCCAGGUACACCAGCUUCCUCCCAAAUAUCUGAAGACAAGCAGCUUAGGUUGUUUGGCAAUUCUAAAUUUCUAUGUAGGUAUGGCUGUUUGUAUCUGUAUAUCAGCCCUGUGUUUUGCAGGCGGCCUGUGAGGGCUAUAUCCUGCCUCUCGACCCCUGUCAAAGGAUGGAUGCGUUUAAUAAUUACUGAUCACGAAGAGUUCAGAGAUCAGUUGUAUUCAUAAGCUAGCCACUUUGAUGUAUAUUUUUAUGGAAAAUAACUGGACGUUGAAUAAAUAUAAAAACAAAUGAAGUGGAAUUUAAUUGAUUUUACAGAUCAACACCUGUUUACAGUUGUAGGGAAGUAAAACUGCAUAUGCAAAACAGAUGCAUAAAAUAUUUUGGUGGCUCCAGGGAGUUUGGUUCAACAGUGUAAAGUCUUUCAAACCGUCUGGAAAUGUAGCCUGGUGGUGUGGAGAGAAUAGAGCUCAACAAGGGCCUGAUAUCCCCCGCCAUGUCUGGGUGGGAGCCACAUUAGCCGGCCCUAAGCCAGCAUAACACACCUGAACAAACAACCAAAUUGUUAUAAUCAAAGGUGAAUUGUGGGUAGUGCAGAUGUAUGAUUUUUAUUUUUUUUAGGGUCCGUAUUAAUAAAAUACACAAUGGUCCACUGUGACAGUGUUGCAGGAGUGCAAUACUAAAUCUACACUUUGAUAUUGUAAUACAGGUUCUUACACAAUAUGCGAACCUCUGUAUUCACUGAGAGUAAAUUUGAAUGUUGUAAAAAGCAUUGCAAGAAAUAAGAGCAUGCCAUGUGUCUAUAUUAAAAUGAACAAAUUGCGACUUGCUGCAGAAGAG